GUACUCGCGCGCCCUCUCGCGAGAACUGAGAGAAGUUGGAACGUGACUUGACUUGUUACCAUAGAAACCCCUACACCAACUAUGCGCAGCUUCACGUGUAUCGUUAGUACACAGAUAGUUAAAGUACAUUAGUCUUAUAGUAUUGCAGUAUAGUAGUAUAGCACAGUAUUACAGUCAGGAUGGCUGAGGAGAAAGUAUUUAGGGCCGCUGUGAAAGUAGGAAACUGGACCGAGGAUCUGCUGCUGGAAGAGGCUGCAAAGAAAGAGUUUCUGGAGAAAGAGGAAAGAGGCGAGCAUAGUUUCCAAAAAAAAGACUUGAUCAGAGAGAAUCUUCUCAGACCGGUGAAUCUCUCUAUGACAAAUGAUGGACAGUUGCACUUUGGGGACGUUGUUAUGUUGGUGAACGUGGGAGGAGAAAACAGAGAGUGCAGCGCAGUGAGCGUUAAUGCUGACAUUGACAGUUUGAUAAAGAUUCCUUCCCCUGGCAUUAAGAGCCCCUGUGGAGUGAGUGCAGGAAGAGGGAUCCUGCCCUGUGCGCGCACUGCCUUCAUCAUCACCAGUGUAGAUGGCAGCCCUGAAGGAUCCACUCUGCUUUAUGACCAAAGUUUUGCCCUGACAACUACAAAUGGCUUUGCCAGAGGACUUUACCUGACAAGUGAUCGACAAAGUUUCCAAAAGUGUGCAAAGAUGUCACGUCUGCAAGAGGUUAACUUGGUGGACGAGGGUUCCUUCCUGUCAUGUUGGAAGAUAGUGCACUUUGACCCACAGGAGAGGCUUGAAUACGAGGGGCAGCCUGUUCCUGCUGAUGUGAAGGUGCUGAUCGUUCACUGCAAGACAAACCAGGCUCUUGCUGUUCUGGGUAAUCACAUUCUUUGGACCAUAUUUCACAAAGAGUACGAGGUGACAGCUCACACCUUCUUGGACUCCCACAAAGCUGAGGAGGACAAAAACCACUGGAUACUCUGCACCUCCAAGCCAGCAGGAGCCAGCCCCGUGUCUCUCAACCACCCAGAGUCAGCGGGUGACAAUGAGGAGCUCACGCAGGGGAACACGGACGGAAUCUAAUGCAAUCCACUCUAGAUUGUUUUUUUCCCCCUUCUUUUUGGAUCAAAGAUUUUUUUAUUUUGUGUAAACUGGACUCAUGACACUUGUGAACCAGACCAACAGGAAACACUUUUGAUUCCUUUGAUUGAUUGAUUUUUAUUAUUGUGUCAUGCACAUUAUUUGCCCAGCUUGAAAGAGGCUGACAAUCGCCAUUGUUUAGAAAUAAGUACAAACAAAAGAGUAUUAAUAAAAUCCAGAAACCACAGUAGCAGCAUCAUUCUUCCUAAAAAAGUGGUCAACUAGUAUUGUAUUGUAAGUAUUGAAUUUAAAAACAUUC